AUGCAGAAGUUUGCCAAUACGAUUACCAUGUUAUUUGCACUUCUUGUAGCUGCUGCUUCUGCACGAGCCGCUGGCCCGUUCACGAACAGUACCAAGACUAAGACACAAGUUUCAACUUCGAUCACAACGAUUUCCUGGACUCCAGCAUCCAACUCAUCGUACAACGUUCCGGCUUCCCCCUCUGGUGAAGAUCCCUCCAAGCCCCAGCCCGCUGCCAUCACGACAACUUUAUCAACGUACACGGCGUUGCCCCAAACUUCAGCAGAAUCCAGCAGCUCAAACCAUCCGUCAAUGACCCUCAUCAGCUCGGCACCCUCGAAUACCACUGCGACUAUCACAAUGUCGGUGUCCCUGCCGCAAUCAUUCACCCCUAGCUCUGCGGAUAGCAUCAGUGAAUCGACAAUUUCGACCACCACAACAUCAGCACACACAACUGUGGCCGAUACUUCGGCUGAGUCUGGCAGCUCAGAUGGUUCAUCGCCGACCGGAUUGAGCAGCUCAACGUAUUUGACGAACAUCACCGCAUCUUACACGUCUCCCGUGGCACCAUCACCGUUCUCGGCUCCAAGCUACACGCACAGCACCAUGCCAUCAUCAUCAACUGAGUCAACAGAUACAGCCGCAACGACCCCAGCACCCAUGACUUUGCCCCUCACUUCGGCCGAGUCCAGCAGUCAAAGUACUGUGCCAAUAGUCAACAGCAGCUCAGCGUCAUCAAGUGCAACUGAUUCCACUACCAGUUCAACACAUCUGGUAUCAUCCUCAGUACGAAGCCCGACGUACAGCGUUACUCUCACUCCUCUAAGUACAUCAACCAGCACAACCACGUCCACGAGAUACACGAACUCGUCCCCGAUCACAAGCGCUUCGUCCGUCUCUUCUUUCUCGUGGCCCGGUGGAUCUACCACUACAGUCACGAUCUCCAAGGUCGUCGCCACCACCACGAUAGUAUUCACACCGACUUCCUUCUCUACUGUCACUGUCACCAGGUUCGUCACCACCCACACCGUCGAAGUGUGGCCAGUAUCACUGAUCAUGGCCGUGCCUGAUGACAUACCAUCCACAACACACACCAAACCCUUUGGCGUGUGA